ACUAAAAGUUACUAUAUACGCAGCUGCCGUUAAAAUGGACGAACCUGGUAAGAAACUUCCAAAUUCUCGAGGGCCGUGCCCAAUUGAAUUCACCGAGUCGCAAAUCAGUUAUGGACCGCCUAAAAUCAACAAGGUUCUGACCACGCGUGCCAACCGAAUGGAGCAGUUUCUGUGGCAGGAGCUAUUCGCCGAGUACAAUCGUCAAUCCUCGGCAACUACGGACUUGGGUGUGAGCACCACUGAGUAUUUCGAUGUCUAUUGUAAGGAUAUACCACCGGUAGAUGAGGAACGAAAGGAGACUCUGGUCAACAAGUACCCGGUGUACUGUACAACGGCCAUAACUCUUUGGAACCAUGAUGGUGAUCCAACAAAGACCUUCAAAAAAAAGUAUUUGAUUACAAGGCCUAUUCAAGAGUGCACCGAAAAGUUUGCCCCAUAGGGUAUGGGGCCGGCAGCAAUUAUUCUUAAUCAACCUCCUUUUUAUUCAACCGCAGAUCAAACUGAUAUUCUAGGAUACUUAUACUCACUUUGCGAUCCACGAAUAAGAAAUCACCAUGUUUUUCAAUAGCAGAA